UAAUUCCAGGUGUGAAAUAUGGUAUUGUGUCUAAAUAAUAGUUGUCAUAAACUGAGCAUGUGCUCGUGUCUUCUUGGCUUCACAUCAUCGCCUCAUGUGACUCGGUGCCACUGUAAGGAUCUUAAAGUAAUCCCUUUGCAAAGGGAUUUACCUUCAAACAAAUGUUGUAAAACGUCAGGUGAGGCUUUUGCAGGCUCUCAUUAAUCCAGAAGAAAGAAAAAAGCUAUAAAUUGUAUAUUGCAAAAAACGAAAAAGCAACUUUUUCAGCUGAUUUUCAUAGACCUUUUUUUUUUUUUUUUUUUUUACAUUUCACAAGCAGCUGCAGCUAUUCAGGUCAUCCUGGACGGGAAAAGGCCAAGGAAGCAGCUGGUGCAGUAAGAGGACUAAGACAUCGGCUUGAAAGGUUAGACGUCUGCGAGCGUGCCUCUAAACCCUCUGUUCAGUUUCUGUGUUCAGUGAGACGUUUAUGUUCCACGGUAGAAAUCAAUGAGAAGCCCUGCAGCAAUAAAGAUGGAGCACAACGACUGAAACCCCGAAGAGGAAGGCAGAGGACUGGCAGGAGCAACAGGUACCUCUGCAGUUAUCAUACCGUGGCUGUAAAUCAACAAAAAUGGGUCUCUCAACUUUUCUUUUCGUCGCUCUAACUGCAUCUCUCUGUUCACCUGGAAGUCUCACUCAGACUUUGGGCACAUUAGCCGCCUCUGAUACGGUUGAAGCAGCUCAGAGUACAUGCGGAAACACUGACAGGCUGAAAAAUGUAGCCGGCGGAGAUACAUUUGGUUCAGAGAGCCUUGUGGAGGGCAGCGGACAGACUGCUGACAUCCUGACUUCACUGGAGCUCAGCAACGAGGAGACUGCAGUCCGAAAGGAGUCUGAGCGGCUGAGCAAUGAAAACCACUCAGGAACUGGAAUCACAUUAACCACAAGACCAGCACUAAGUGUCUACAACCAAGGAGCAGACGAAACCAAAGACUCAGUUCCAGGAUCUGAACGCUCCACUGUGAUCUCUGAGGGCGAGCCUUUGGAUGAUGACUUGCAGAAAGGUGAAGACCACUCCAGAAUCCCAGUCCAAACCAGUGUGUUUACCUUCGUGAAUAAUCCCAGCUUGUCUGGACCUGGGAGCCCAUGCAUGCUCGGUGUCUCGCCUUGCACGAUCUUUAACAGCUUCAAUGGCACCAGCCUGCUGUGGGAUGACAUGAGCCGCACUCUGGCAUUUGCUUGGGAGCUGCAUGUCUUUGGAUCUGCAAGCCUUUUCAUGUUGAUAACAGCUCUGGCGCUUUUGGGAAUUGCUGGAGCGUGCACUCUUCCUCAUACCCUUUGUGAUGCCCUCACGCUUUCUAAUAGUUUCCUUGCUGUAGCAGGUGCUCUACGCACAACCCUCCUUCUCGUCGAUCCUUACGGUACCCGUCAGAUCCUGCCUCAUGCCGCACUGGCAGCUCUACAUAAUAUUCCUCUGCAGCUUCUUCUGUGGGUGCAGGUUGUCCUCGCUCUUGUCACGCUCCGAGGGAUAAAAGUAACAUCUUUCCCUUCAAAGCUGCACUCCCCAUGGGUGGUUGGAGUACUCGGUAUAUCGCACUGCUCUUUCUUACUUUUAGCUGAUCUGUACUCUUCAACCUUGCCCCCAGCUUUCCCUCUUUUGCUGCAGACUGCCUCCCUUUGCUGGGCUAUCCCUUUCUGCCUGGGAAUCCUCACCAAGUCCCUCUCCCACUCACAACAUUUCUCCAGAUCUGCUGUCCCACAGUGGGUUCCCUCUCACAGGACCGAGAGGCUCGGGAAGCGAGUAACGGCUGUGUGCGCCUUCCUUGGUGUGCUUUGUUGCACCAUUCAGAUAUACACUGUUCUUUGGCUCUACGGGCUCCUGGGGAGCUGGAGGCACUUUAGCUGGGGUUGGUGGCUCAGUCAGUUCUGGGCCAGGAUUUUUGAAUUAGCAUGGGGAUUCUCUGUCCUUUUUCUUGGAUCUUGGGUCUUCUGGACGCCAUCUAAAGGCCAAGCAAGAGGUGUUGAUUUACAGGGUAGAGAUAACAUCUCUAAAAAGGAAGUAAAGAAAAGCUGGUGGCAAAGAGUUUUGGUUAGCAUGCGAAGAGGCCUGAGGGGAAAAUCAGAGAAAUCCUUGGAAGACUUAAUGCCAAACAAUAUUGCAAAGCAUAGCCUGUCUAGAUCUGGUAUCAGCAACAAUGCACUGCAUGAUGAUAAGCAGGCUCCCUCUAAACUGGACUACAGUUCUGAUCCUGUUAGCAUCAGCAGCUCUGACUCUCAGACUGCGCUGCUGUGGCAGAAAGUUGGAGAACGAGAAUGUGUCCUCUCACUUAUAGAGUUCGACAUGCGACCCCCGUCUCCCAUCAACCUCAGGCUCAGCAUUGACAAUGCCCUUUACCACGGGCAGCUCAUAGCUGGGGCUGUCUUCACGCCUCCCCCUCCCUCUUGGACUCAAAGUUUGAGCACAGAUGGAGCGAGGGGACCAACCACGUUUCCCCCAGCCUACGUCGGAUACGGGUGGAUGGUGGACACAGAGUCCAUUUCUCCAUCUUUAGACCAUUUCCAGGCCAAGGAGCCAGCACAGUCAGUAAAUGCCACACCAGAUUUUAAUAGCAGGACUGGAUCUCCAGCUGCUGAACCAACGGGAGAACAAUUUACAGGAGUGAUGCUCCAAAAUGACUGGUCUGAUGACGACGUUACCGAUCUCUAGGCUCAUUAGGAUAGAGUCUUUAAAAAUGCUAAAUUAUUUUUUUUUAAACUCACAGUGUUAUGCUGCAUUAAGUAAAGGUCUAAUUUUGAAUGAAAACUUUGCUAAUUUCUAGGAAAGGCCAGUUUAGUUGUAAUUAUAACGUCAAUAUUUCUAUAGAUUUUUGAUUUAUUCUCUUAAGUCUUUUCUGGUGUGUUUUUAUUUUAGGACACAAUCUGAAAGGAGAGCAAACUACAAAUGGACAGACUGUUUUUUUUUUUUUGCAUAGUUUUACAGUUUUAGUUUAUGUUAUGUAGAACACAAGAGUUUUUUUUUAUUAAGGUCCAUCAUAUUUCUACACUAUUUUGUAUCAGAUUUGUUUAGUUAUAAAUGCUGGAAGGAUUUUAUGUUGUAUUUGCAAGCAAAGAAAAUGAAUUAAAAAUGAAUUAAAUACAUAAUGUCAAACUCGUUCAAUGGCU